CCUUGCAUAAGAAAGCUAACACAUUGUCCAUCAAAAAUAUAUUACAGGCGUAAGUUUUCCGUUCUAUUUUGAUUCCUUCCUAUAUUAUUAUUAUUAUGAUGUAAUGGAUGUCUACCUUUUGUAUAGGUCUUUGGAAGCUCAUUCAAGGNUGCGGGGUAUUCCAUGUGUUUCUAGGAAGAAGAUGCAAAUAAUCACACCUAAUUGUCGACGUCAGUUGGGCAGCUAUGAGUGUGCGUAUUAUGUAAUGAAACACAUGCAUACCAUUAUUUCUACAAACAUGACUGAAUCAUGGAAUCAGAUCUUUAAUGAUUCAUCUCCAAUGGAAACUGCAGACAUUGAAGACAUUAGAAGGAAUUGGGCUUCUUUUCUUUUAAGCAUUAGUAGAAACUUAGCUACACUUCAAUAG